AUGAAAGCCCUUGUCUACACCGGCCCAGGAACAGUGGAAGUUCUGGAUCGCCUCAAGCCGACCAUCCAGGCGGCCACCGAUGCCGUCGUACGCAUAUUGCACGCGUCUAUCUGCGGCACGGACCUUCAUAUCCUCAAGAACGACGUCCCUGACGCACAGCCCGGACUUGUCCUCGGUCAUGAGGGUGUUGGUGUGGUCGAUUCAGUCGGUUCGGCUGUUCAGAGGAUGCAAGUCGGCGAUCGAGUGUUGAUCUCCUGUAUGACAUCGUGCGGCGCAUGUCGGUACUGCGAGCGAGGUAUCACGGCGCACUGCCUCACGGGAGGAUGGCGGUUGGGAAAGAAUAUCGAUGGAACCCAGGCCGAGUAUGUUCGAGUCCCUCAUGCAACGCUCUCAUUGCACCCGUUGCCUUCGUCCAUCGACCCCAGGGCUGCUGUUGCCUUGUCCGAUGCCUUUCCCACUGGGCUGGAAUGCGGUGUCCUCAGCUCAAACGUCCAACCAGGAGGGUCCGUGGUGAUUGUAGGUGCAGGGCCCGUUGGUAUGGCUGCUCUUCUCACUGCGCGACUCUAUACGCCGUCGCUGAUCGUCAUGGUCGACCUUGACGAGACACGUCUUGAAAUGGCCCGCAAGUUUGGCGCGCAUGCGACUGUGAAUUCAUCCGGCCCCGAUACUCAGCAAAGACUGAUGGAUUUGACGCAAGGAGAGGGAUUUGAUUCGGUUAUUGAAGCGGUCGGUAUCCCUGUGACUUUUGCGAUGUGCCAACAGUUGGUUGCCAUAGGCGGCCGAAUUGCAAACGUAGGCGUACACGGGACUAGCGUGGACCUGCACCUAGAAACACUGUGGGAUCGAAAUAUUAGUAUCCACAUGUCGCUAGUGAACGCGACGAGCACGCCGCGUCUCCUGCGUCUGGUGGAGUCGGGAAUGUUGGAUAUCGGCUCCAUGGUGACCCAUCAUUUCCCGUUCACUGAAGCCACCACAGCAUACGAUACGUUCAAGGCGGCGUCAAGCCAUCAGGCCCUGAAAGUAGCAAUUGAUUUUGUGUGA